GGCUCUUUUAAAGUCGUUGACCAUAUCGUCUGUGGCCACAGUCCACUCAGACUCCAGAUCGGUCAACAUGGGUCUGUGGACGCUGAAUACAGGCAUUUUAAUCGUCACGCUCCUCUGCAGCUCCAAUGGACAGAGACCACGCUGGCAAGACAGAUUUACUUCUAUUGACAGAUACUGGGAAAUCCACGACACAAAAAAAACAAAGGACAGCGUGAGUUCAUCGCCCAGGUUCACGCUGCUGACCCCAGACCUGCUGAGGGCCGACUCUGAGGAGAACAUCUACCUGCAGGCACACGGCCUGUCCUCCGCCGUCACCGUCUCCAUCGUCAUCCGCGACUUCAGUAAAACAGUCAUGAUCCUCCAGGACUCGGUCAAACUCGGCCCAGACAACGGAUUCCAUGCCCUCAAACCCAUCCUGCUUUCUUCUGAUCUCUUGAAUCGUGAGGAGAAAAAAAACAAGUUUGUGAACAUGAUGGUGACUUUCGGGGGCUUCCAUAUUGAGGAGCGGGUCAUGAUGGUGUCCUUUCAUUCUGGAUACAUCUUCAUCCAGACAGACAAGCCCAUCUAUAACCCUGGAGACACCGUUCGGUUCAGAGCCUUUGUGUCCUCUCCAUCCUUUAAGGCCUUUGACAACCACUUAAGUAUAGAAAUCCAGAAUUCUGAUGGUGUAGCUGUGAAACAGAGCAGCGAGGUCAGCGCUGUCGAUGGAGUCUAUUCUGACACAUUUCAGCUCACUGACUUCGUCAAUGAAGGAACGUGGAUCGUGACUGCGAAAUUGGACCACUGGCAGCAGAACACGUUCAGGUCUCGGUUUGAAGUGAAGCGAUACGUGCUUCCUGCCUUCAAUGUGACCUUGACCCCUGCAAAGUCCUUCUUGAGCCUGGAGGACAGAGAGCUGGAGGUGAAGGUCUCAGCCAGGUACCUGUUUGGGGAACUGGUGCAGGGAACGGCCUACGUGGUGUUUGGAGUGAAGAGCAACAACCAGAUGAAAAGACUGCCGUCAGUGAAGCAGGUGUCAAAUUUGGACGGGGGAGUUGUCAGGUUGACCAUGGAGGAGCUGCGGAGAGCGUAUCCUGAGUCUAAGUCUCUGGUCGGCAGCUCUGUGUACGUCAAGGCCUCGGUGCUCACCAAGUCAGGCAGCGACCUGGUUGAAGCUGAAAGGACUGGGAUUAAAAUAGUGGAUUCUCCAUUUGUGUUGCAACUGAAAGACUUUCCGCAGUACUUUAAACCCGGCCUGCCCUUCGACCUAACGGUCCAGGUGAGCCACCACGACGGAUCCCCGAGCCGCAACGUCCCGGUCAAACUCAACCUGCUGGAUGAGACCGUGACGGUCAGCAGCGGCAGCACCAGAGUCACCAUCAACAUGCCGAGCGAACAAGGCCCACAAACCAUCACCGCUGAGACCGCACAGGCCGCCUUGAGGCCGGAUCAACAAGCCAGGACCCACAUCCGCGUUGAGGCGUACACCCCCCACAGCCAGGUCCAGCAGAACUACCUGUACAUCUCAGCAGGGACCAACAGCGCGUCUGUGGGGGACAGACUGUCCCUCAAGCUGAUCAUCACCACCGCCGACAAGACGCACAGAGACUUAAUCCAACAAGUCACCUACCUGGUGCUCAGUAAAGGCAGGAUCCUGUCCGCUGAGCGUGUGGAUGUGAGCAAUCAGCUCAUCACCACCGUCGGGCUGACCGUCACCGCCGACAUGCUGCCGUCAUUCCGCUUCGUGGCCUUUUACAGCAUUCCCUGGAGCGCGCAGGAGGAGGUGGUGUCCGACUCCAUCUGGAUAGACGUAGUGGACUCCUGCGUCGGAGGGCUGAGAGUCGGCCCUGUGGGCGGCGUAGCGCGAGACUACCUCCCUGGGAGGAGCUUCGGCUUCAACAUCAAAGGAGACCCUGGAGCCAAGGUCAGCCUGGUGACGGUGGACAACGCUGUGUACCUGCUCAACAAGGACAGACUCACACAGAGGAAGAUAUGGGAAACGGUGGAGAACGGAGACAUGGGCUGCUCUCACGGUGGAGGCAGAGACGCUAAGGGGGUGUUCACUGACGCCGGACUCUUCUUUUUCUCCAGCACCGGAGUGAAAACCGAGAUAAGACAAACUCUGCGCUGCCCGGGCGGCGCCAGGAGGAGGCGCUCCGCUGACCUGCUGCGACGUAAAGCCCAGCUGGAGAGUCUGUACAAGGAGAAGCUGGAGAACCGCUGCUGUAAGGACGCUCUGAGGGAGGUCCCCAUGCCGUACUCCUGCACGCGCCGCUCCCUCUACAUCACCGAGGGCUGGGAGUGCAUGCGGGCUUUCCGCUACUGCUGCUCCACGUACAGGGACCAGGUGUUUGACACCGACCAACCCACGACUCCUCCACCCACCACCACAGCUCCACCCAUCGUCAGCCGCCACUUUGGAAGGUUCAUUGAAAGAAUAGAUGGGCCCUUAUUUGAAGUGCCUCGAUUAUCUCCGCGGGUCCUGCUACGAAGCCAACCUGCACUAAAUGCUGUUGUACAGGGGAUUCCAGCAGCAGCAGCAGCAGGGGCGGCCAUAGCAGGUGCAGACGUGGAGGAGGAGGAGGAGUUUGAAGACCUGGAGUACAUGGAUGUGAAUGACGUGUAUCUGCGUACCAAGUUCUAUGAGUCCUGGCUGUGGAUGGAUGUUAAGCUGCCCAGCAGCACAGGCGCAGACGGGUUGGCAUCAAAGAAUGUGGACAGCGCUUUACCUGACAGCAUCACAGAGUGGGGACUUCUGGCCGUCAGUGCUUCACCACAAACGGGUUUCUGCGUCGCGGAGCCGUACAACUUCAGAGCAUGGAAGGAAUUCUUUGUGGACCUGAAGCUGCCGUAUUCAGUGGCCAAGAACGAACAGGUGGAGAUUAAAGCCGUGAUCCAUAACUACGCCGAAGCCGAGCUCCAGGUGAGGGUGAUCCUGAUGAAGACAAAAGACAUGUGCAGCGUCGCCUUCAAGGACGCACACACACAGCAGCUCAAAGUGCCCGCCGGCUCCUCGGUCACGGUGCCCUACACCAUCGUUCCACUGGUGGUGGGGAAGCUUCCCAUAGAGGUGAUGGUGGCGGCUGGAGACAUGAUGGGAGGAGACCGCAUCCAGAAGUCUCUGCACGUGGUGAUGGACGGCGUGCAGAAAAGUGACGUCUGGAGUGUGAUGCUGAACCCGUCGGCUGAAGGAGGGAAGCAGGUCGUUCGUCGAGUCAAAGUUGAACUGGAGUCAGUUGUGCCAAACUCUGUGCCGGAGACCUUCAUCAAUGUCAGAGGCAACGUGCUGGCAGACAGCAUCGAUAACUCCAUCAGUCAGGACUCUCUGGCGUCUCUGAUCCAGAUGCCCGGUGGGUGUGUGGAGCAGAACCUGGCCAGCAUCACGCUGCCGCUCAUCGCCACCCUGUACCUGGACCGAACCAACGACUGGGAGACUGUGGGGGUGCAGAGAAAGGCUGAGGCUGUCAGUUACAUCACCAGAGGAUACAAGAACCAGCUGGCAUACAAGAGGAAGGACGGCUCUUACCCACCGUACAGGAGCGAAGGUGCAAGUACAUGGAUCACGGCGUACGUGGUGAAGGUGUUCUCCAUGGCCUACUCCAUCAUCGGGGUGGACGAGCAGCACGUGUGUGACCCUCUGCUCUACCUGGUCAACAACAAGCAUCGGCUGCCGCAGGGAAGCUUCGUAGAGGACAACCCGGUUUACUCCACCACCAUGACUGGUGGUCUCCGUGGCGACGAUUCUGAGACGACCCUGACAGCCUUCGUCCUCAUAGCGCUUGCAGAAGCCAAGCAGGCAGGAAUCCGCUGCUCUGCUCAGGCUGCAGCCGAGCAGGUGAAGUCGGCCACGGAUAAGACGGCUGAAUACCUGAGGGCAGCGCUGAAGACGGCCGGGAGGAGGCCGUACACGGUGGCCAUCGCCUCCUACGCGCUGGCUCUGCUGGACAAGGACCAACCCUUCGACCCAACACAGGCUCUACUCAGAGCCGCAGCUCCAGAUCGCAGCCACUGGCCCGACAGACACAACCGCCUGUUCACCCUGGAGGCGACCGGCUACGCUCUGCUCGCGCUGGUCAAGCUGGGACGACUGGAGGAAGCCGCUGCUCCCUUCAAGUGGCUCAACAGCCAGCGAGGACGAGGAGGCGGCUUCGGCUCCACGCAGUCCACGAUGGUGGUGCUCCACGCGCUGUCUGAGUACCUGAUCAGAAGGCCUCCUCCUGGGGACCUCAGUCUGGACGUGGAUGUGCGCUUAACGGGACGCAAGGAAAUCCGCUACGCGUUCAACCCCACCAGCGCCUACGCCGUCCGCUCGUCCAGGUUGCCGGCUAAUUCUGAUUUGGAGGUGGAGGCUCGAGGGAACGGAGAGGGAAUCUUGGAGGUUGUGACUUACUACAACCAAGUGCAUGAAGCCGAUGAGAAGAAACCCUGCAGCGACUUUGAGCUCAGCGUGGCCAUUGAAGAGUCCAGCGAGAAGCCUCCUGCUGAGGUGGAGAAGUCCUACCAGCUCACCAUCAAAGUCAGAACUCUAGGACCCAGAGACGUGAGGAUGGUGGUUCUGGACAUCAGUCUUCCAACAGGCUUCACUCCAGAAACCUCAGACCUGGAGAAGUUGUCCAACUCAGUGGAUCGUUACAUCAACAACUUCCAGGUUGUGGAUAACCUGAGUGAGAGAGGCUCCCUGAUCAUCCACCUGUUCAAGGUUUCACACAAAGAGUCUGAGAUCCUGAUGUUCAGGCUUCAGCAGAAUUUCAAAGUGGGGCUCCUCCAGCCGUCCUCAGUUACCGUCUACGAGUAUUACAACCCAGAUCACCGCUGCUCUCGGACCUACUCCCCUAAGGAGGACAAGGAGGCGCUCACUCAGAUCUGCAAGGACAGCGUGUGCCGCUGCACACAGGGCGACUGCUGCAUCUCUAAAGCCGACAGUGAACAGUUCCUGAACAAAGAGAGGGAAGUGUUUGCCUGCAAGAGUUUGCAUCACGUUUACCAGGUGAAGGUGUUGAGCGUCAGUGAGAGUUACUACGACAGAUACGAGAUGGAGAUCACGCGAGUUAUCAAGUUGGGUUUGGAGAGCAGUGUUGAAGUGGGACAAACGAGGUCUUUCUUGUCUCAUGGUGGGUGCAGAGACGGGCUCAACCUGAAGCAGGGCUCCCAGUACCUCAUCAUGGGCCCCGAGGUCGACCAGUGGACCAUCGACACUGAGACCAACAAAUACAUCUACAUGUUGGGAAAGGACACCUGGGUGGAGCUCUGGCCUUCAGCGGAGGAGGCCGCCAGCAGUGCAGCUCUGCAAGCGAAGAGCAGGAGCCUCAGCGAGGCUGCACACGAACUGUCUGUUUACUCCUGCAGGCUGUAGAGGCCUCAGUGGUUCUGGUCCUGAGCUCACAGUGACAGCAGGCUCAUUUCAUUCUCUGCAGUGAGACAAAACUACUAAGAAGAAGUUAUUUUGAUUGUAGUUUCCACAGCAAUAGAGGAACUGAAAGUUUUUAUCUACGUUAUAAAAGAAGAAACAUGAUGGUGUUUCUGUCAGUGCACGGUUUGAGCUAUAAUUAACUGUUCGAUGCAGUGUCAUUAAUGAAGCACCACCAAGAAACAGAACUAGAACCAACAUUUUUCAUCCUUUAUUAAACACUAAGUCAAAUUUAAAUAUGUACAGGUUCACCCUGAGUAUUUACACAUUCUAUAACAAUGAGAAACUUAAUUUCAUUAAAAAACAACAAAAUGA